AUGUGUGACCGGAUAGUGUAUGUGUACUCUAACCUGUGCUCUGUUCCCUGGGUGGGCAGUGCAGCAGCAGCAGUGCCUCCCGUUUCUCGUCCUACACCUGGUCACUACCAUGUCCUGUACCGCGGGUGUGGAGAAACGCAGUUGGGCUGGCACGGGGAGACAUACUGCCUGGUUGGUGGCUACCGGCUCUACGGGGAUGUUCCUUUGGCCACGCCAGCUAAGGUGGAAGCAGAGAAGCCAGUCCCCAGACGUGCUCCGAAGAGAAAGCACUCUCCGGAAAUGCCGGACGAAGACCUGGGUUGCUCCAGACCCAAAAUCCGGCAAUUGUAGCAUGGUGCCAGGAGGCGGACCCCACAGAAUCUUGCAGGGGCCCCUUUGUGAGCUGAAGAAAGAAAAGUCUAGAAAAAACGGAUACCUGGGAGGGGAAGAUGGCAGAAGAGUAAGACACGG